GGGCAAAAAAAUUAUAUUCAAAAGCCAUUUAUUGAAAAACAUUCUAAAUUUUGGAGUGUUGGAAGUGAAAUGAAUCUCUCAUGUUCUGCUAUUAUAAAUGAUGAAAAUAGGAAACUUUGUUGGAUAUAUCCAAAUAGUACUAAUUUGGAAGAAAAUACUACAAUAAAGGAACUAGAAAAUGGUCUUAAACUUUUGGAAUCACAACUAUAUUUUUCACAAGUUGAUUAUAUGCAUGAAGGACAUUAUAUUUGUGCUUACCUGUUUAGAAAUAAUUGUGAAGAAGCAGUGAAAGAUCAAACAUAUAUAACAGUUUAUGAUUUAUUGAUGCUGGAACCUGUUGAUUUUUUUACAAGUGAAGAUACUGUUAAGAUUGAAAAAAACGUUGGAGACACUGUAGAAUUUACUGUUAAUAUUAAUUAUAAAGUGGAAGAGAUUGAAUUUCAUUGGGAAAAAAAAGGAAUUUUUGUUUUACAGAAUUCCAGAAUACAUUUUAACAGUAAUUCUAAGCAAAUUAAAAUGAUUAUUCAAAAUUUGUCAAUAACUGAUUCUGGAAAAUACACUGUAUUUGUGAGAAGAGUAGAAUCUUUUAAAACAUUUUCUUUUGAACUUUCUGUACAAGGGAAACCAAUUAUUGAAAUUAUUAAUUCAAAAACAGAUUCAAAUGAUUUGUAUAUGGUAAACGAAAUAUAUAAUUUGACAUGUAGAGCAGAAGUUUUACCUGAAGCAACAGUAAAAUGGUUAUGGAAAGAAUGUGAUACCUGGGAAGAUUGUACAAAUGAUGAUGGCAUUAUUGAUAUAACAAAAGAAGAUUCUGUUUCUAACAAAAUAAAUAUAACUGAAAUAAAAUAUGAUGAUGUUGGAGUAACUGUUGUUUCUUUAGUUCUUCUUGUUAAAGCAAGUAAAUCUGGAAAAUAUUUUUGUAAAGCAUCAAAUAAUUUAGGUUAUGAUAGUAAAUCAGUUUUGUUUAUUGUGACAGAUGUUGCAAAUGGAAUUCAAGUAUCUUCUGAUAAUCGGGAACUAAAUAAGAAUAAAAACAUAGAGAAUAUUUAUGUAAAAUGUAAUUUCUCCACUUUCUUAUAUUCAAAUGUAUCUUGGAGUCAUAUUGAAGUGCCUUCAUAUGAUUUUCUUCCAAUAGGUGAAGAUUUAUAUACUGAAAGAAAAGAUGAAAUAGUUUCUAAUUAUUCUAAUUCAUCUGUUAUAAAACUUCCUGUCAAGAAUGUUCGUAGUGGAUUAUAUGUUUGUAUUGUAAAAAAUAAACAGUUUAAUAAUUUCACUGAGAAAUUUACAGCAGUAUAUUUAAAAGCUGAAACUAAUAUUCCAAAAAAAGAUUCAACAGCAUCAUCAUCAUCAAACUCUUCUACUAUUAUUAUAAUUGUUGUAGUAAUCAUGUUUAUUGCAUUUUUUAUAAUUUGUAUCAUCUUGCUACUUUGGAUGAAGAGAAAAAGAAAAUUGUCAAGAUAUAAUUCGUUUUUAUUUAAGAAGGGGCAAAUAAAUCUUUUAAGUUCUGAACUCCCUUUGGAAGAUCAAGUAGAUUUAUUACCUUAUGAUCCACGAUGGGAGUUUCCCAAAGAUCGUUUGAAACUUGGACGCAUUCUUGGCCAUGGAGCCUUUGGAAGAGUUGUGAAAGCAGAAGCUAUAGGUUUAAGAAAAGAUGUUCCUUAUACAACUGUUGCUGUGAAAAUGUUGAAAGAAAGAGAUGAUGAAACCCAACAUAAAGCUCUUAUGGCAGAACUGAAGAUUCUUAUUCAUCUUGGAAAGCAUGUAAAUAUUCUGAAUUUGCUUGGUGCAGUUACCAAAAAUUUUCAUAAAGGAGAAUUAAUGGUGAUGGUAGAAUAUUGUUGCCAUGGUAACUUAAGAAGUUAUUUAUUACGACGUCGAGAAAAAUUUAUCAAUCAACUUGAUCCUAUAACUGAAAAACUGAAUGCAGAUAUUUGUGUUCAAGUGUCAAAUUCUCCUAAUCCAAAUCAAUCAAAAUCAAAAGAAUAUACAAAACCAUUAGCACUUGGUGUUAAUAAUCCAAUUUAUAAUUACAGUAGUACUGGUGAACUGAUUAGGUGUAGUGGUGUGAAUAGUCAAGGAGAAAUUGGUACUGACAUGACUACAGUCAGCAGUAUUUCAGGUGGUGAAAACAGUAGUAACACUGCAAUAAGUGAAUCUGGAUAUAGUAGCACUGGUGGAAGUUCUCAGAUGUAUGCAGGGCGGGAGGAGAAUCGAUAUUCUGGAAUCAUUUCUACUUCAGAUCUGUUGUGUUACAGUUUUCAAUGUGCACAAGGAAUGAGCUAUCUUUCUUCUAAGAAGCUUAUCCAUCGUGAUCUUGCUGCACGUAACAUCCUGUUGGCUGAAGGAAACAUAAUUAAAAUAGCUGAUUUUGGAUUGGCAAAAGAUCUUUAUAAAUAUUCUAAAUAUGUUAAAAAAUCUGAUGGUCCUUUACCAAUAAAAUGGAUGGCUAUAGAAUCAAUAAAGGAUAGAAUAUUCACAACAAAGAGUGAUGUCUGGUCAUUUGGUGUUCUUCUGUGGGAAAUUUUCACACUUGGUGGCAAUCCAUAUCCAGGAUUUGAGAUGAAUGAACAGUUUUUUAAGAGACUAAAAGAAGGCUACAGAAUGGAAAGACCUGAAUAUGCUCCAAAAAAUGUUUAUGAAAUAAUGAUGGAAUGCUGGCAUGAAGAUCCUAAAGAACGUCCAGAAUUUAACACUCUAGGAGAAAAACUUGGACUUAUGUUAGAAGAAAGUGUGAAACAAGUAAGUAUUUUUACUAAAUAUUGAUAUAUUGUUAAAUAUGUGAUUUA